UUCACUUUAGUAUCCACAAAAAACCACCACCACAAACACACAACAUGGCGUCCGUCGCACUUAAAUCUUUCGUCGGACUCCGUCGCCAAUCCUCGCCGGAAAACAGCCUUCUCUCAAAACCACUUCCAUCCAACCAAAUCCAAUACCGCCGAUUGAAUGUGGUGGCCGGAAAAUCCAGCCCCAAAAUCACCGGCCGGAAUCUCCGUGUGGCCAUCGUUGGUGGGGGUCCAGCCGGUGGUGCCGCCGCCGAAACUUUAGCUAAAGGCGGCGUGGAAACUAUCCUUAUUGAACGGAAAAUGGAUAAUGCUAAGCCUUGCGGCGGAGCUAUCCCUCUUUGCAUGGUGGGUGAGUUUGACCUGCCGUUGGAUAUCAUUGACCGGAGGGUAACUAAGAUGAAAAUGAUAUCGCCGUCGAAUGUGGCGGUGGAUAUUGGGAGAACUUUGAAACCCCAUGAAUAUAUCGGGAUGGUGCGUCGAGAGAUUCUCGACGCGUACCUUCGCGAACGUGCCGCCGCUGCAGGCGCCACGGUCGUGAAUGGUCUGUUUGUCAAAAUGGACAAACCGACCGAUAAGUACGCGCCGUAUGUAAUUCAUUACAACGCGUACGAUGGCAAAGUUGGCUCCACCGGCAAAAAGGUCACAAUCGAAGUUGAUGCUGUGAUUGGUGCCGAUGGAGCCAACUCCCGCGUCGCUAAAUCUAUCGAUGCGGGAGAUUAUGAGUACGCAAUCGCGUUUCAAGAACGGAUUAAGAUCCCCGAUGACAAAAUGCAUUAUUAUGAGAAUCUCGCCGAGAUGUAUGUUGGUGAUGACGUGUCACCUGAUUUUUAUGGGUGGGUGUUUCCUAAAUGUGACCACGUGGCGGUUGGAACCGGCACAGUGACCCAUAAACCUGACAUUAAGAAAUUCCAGACCGCCACGCGCUUGAGAGCACGUGACAAGAUUCUAGGUGGAAAGAUUAUUCGGGUGGAGGCCCACCCGAUUCCAGAACACCCUAGGCCGCGAAGACUAGCGGAAAGGGUGGCUCUGGUUGGUGACGCAGCUGGCUACGUCACUAAGUGCUCGGGUGAAGGGAUUUAUUUUGCGGCAAAGAGUGGGAGGAUGUGCGCAGAGGCGAUUGUUGAGGGAUCGGCAAAUGGGACUAGGAUGAUCGAUGAGUCGGAUUUGAGGGUGUAUUUGGAGAAAUGGGACAAAACCUAUUGGCCAACUUAUAAGGUGUUGGAUAUAUUGCAAAAGGUGUUUUACCGGUCGAAUCCAGCUAGGGAGGCGUUUGUGGAGAUGUGCGCGGAUGAGUACGUGCAGAAGAUGACUUUCGAUAGCUAUUUGUACAAGAGGGUCGUACCCGGAAACCCAUUGGAUGACUUGAAGCUUGCUUUUAACACCAUUGGAAGCUUGGUUAGGGCUAACGCCCUUAGGAAUGAGAUGGCAAAGAUCUAAUAUGAUAUAAUGUAUUUGUUGUGUUAUGUAAUAUUCAAGAUACUUUAAUUGUUGUUAA